AUGGCACAAAAUAUGAGCUAAAAUUGCAAAAUAAGAUCAUUUUAGCCUUUUCCGUUGACGCCUGCAAGGGGGGAUUUCGAUCUAUCCGCCCUCAUUAUAAAAUUUCAGAUUCUAGUUUCUCCUCAUUCUAACCCUAAUUCCUCACAUCUCAACAGAGUUACGGGUUCGAUUUGAAUAAUCGAGAUGGGAGGAGGAUUCAGAGUGCUGCAUUUGGUUAGACCGUUCCUUUCCUUUCUGCCUGAAGUUCAAAGUGCUGAUCGAAAGGUUCCUUUUAGAGAGAAGGUCAUAUAUACUGUCAUUUCUCUCUUCAUCUUUCUUGUGUGCAGUCAGCUACCACUUUAUGGCAUUCACUCCACCACCGGGGCUGAUCCAUUUUAUUGGAUGCGUGUUAUUCUUGCUUCAAAUCGUGGGACUGUCAUGGAGCUUGGGAUUACUCCAAUUGUGACUUCCGGACUUGUGAUGCAAUUGUUGGCUGGAUCAAAGAUCAUUGAAGUGGACAAUAGUGUUCGAGAGGAUCGUGCACUACUAAACGGAGCCCAAAAGUUAUUGGGCAUUCUGAUAGCUGUUGGCGAGGCUGUUGCUUAUGUGCUAUCUGGGAUGUAUGGUAGUGUUAGUCAGCUAGGUGUUGGAAAUGCUAUACUUAUUAUCAUCCAACUCUGUUUUGCUGGUAUUAUUGUGAUAUGUCUUGAUGAGCUUCUCCAGAAAGGAUAUGGUCUUGGCUCUGGAAUCUCGCUUUUUAUCGCCACAAAUAUUUGUGAAAACAUUAUAUGGAAAGCAUUUAGCCCCACUACUAUUAACAGUGGCCGUGGUGCUGAAUUUGAAGGUGCUGUUAUUGCUUUGUUCCACCUGAUGAUCACUAGGUCAGACAAGAUCCGUGGCCUUAGGGAGGCUUUCUAUCGGCAGAACCUUCCAAAUGUUACCAAUUUACUUGCCACAGUCUUAAUCUUCCUUAUUGUCAUCUAUUUCCAAGGUUUCCGUGUGGUUUUGCCUGUGAGGUCAAAGAAUGCCCGUGGACAACAGGGCUCGUAUCCCAUUAAGCUUUUCUAUACCUCUAAUAUGCCAAUUAUUCUCCAAUCUGCACUUGUUUCCAAUCUUUAUUUCAUCUCUCAGUUGCUGUACAGGAGGUACAGUGGAAAUUUCUUUGUCAAUCUGUUGGGAAAAUGGAAGGAAUCUGAAUAUUCAGGUGGCCAGUUUAUUCCAGUUGGUGGUCUGGCUUACUACGUCACUGCACCAGCAAGCCUGGCAGAUAUGACAGCCAAUCCCUUCCAUGCUUUGUUCUAUUUGAUCUUUAUGCUUUCAGCCUGUGCUCUCUUCUCAAAGACUUGGAUAGAAGUGUCAGGGUCUUCUGCACGAGAUGUGGCUAAGCAGCUUAAGGAACAACAAAUGGUCAUGCCAGGACACCGUGAUUCAAAUCUACAGAAGGAAUUGAAUCGCUACAUACCAACAGCAGCUGCCUUUGGAGGAAUGUGCAUUGGUGCAUUGACAGUUUUGGCAGAUUUCAUGGGAGCAAUUGGUUCAGGAACAGGAAUAUUACUUGCCGUUACCAUUAUAUAUCAGUACUUUGAGACUUUUGAGAAAGAAAGAGCCAGUGAACUUGGCUUCUUUGGCUUCUAAAUCCAAAGGUUCCUUAACUGUGUUAGAGUAAGUGAAAGAUACAAAGGAGUUACUGCUACGCUAACAAAAGCACCCUUUGGAAUGGAGAUCCCUACUUAGUGACUUCAAUGUUUCACUUAAUUUCAUGUAGACCUUUGUAUGUUAGACAAAUGAGCAGGCAAAUGAAUGAGAUUUUUUCGUUGAGAUACUGA